AGGGCCGAAUUUCGGCGACGGGGUUUAGGACGAGUUUCGGCGGCGUCUUCCCCUCCGCCGGAGCUCGGGUUAGAGGGGAGGCGGGCCGCUAGGCCGCAAGGGGAAGCGGCGAGUGUGUGCCACUGCUGCUGCCCGCCUGUGUUGAAACCAGCAAGCAAAGCGAAGUUAGGAGGCGGGAUAACAGAAGAGAAUCCAGUCGACUGUGUUGUGUGCAUGGCGCGUUUUAUCCCUGCUCUCGCAGUGCACAUGGAGUAGCAGUCCGCUGCAGCAGCAUCCACCACGAACAGCCAUCCGAAAGCCGAGAAACGCGGUAAAUCAUGAAAAGGACACCGAAGCGGGGCCGCGAGCGGCCUUCAGCCCUUUUCGCCGACUGACUCCGACGAUGUGGAGUGACCAAGCGAGCACACCUAUUUGCCCGAACAGCCAGCAGCAGUCGUACGUGCAAUUCGAGACGAGCAAAUGAAAAAGUUGCGCGAGCCUAGAUAAUGCGAUGACGAUUUUAUUGAGAGGGCGGCUCGGAAUGAGAAUGAGACGGCCGAGCGUCGGAGAGACAGACGCACGGCCUGCAGGAAGAGGAAGUUGGACUUUUUUGUGCAUCUGUCCACACGGGAGAGCAAAAAACUCUUGCUUCAAAUAGGUGGCUGCAAAUUGGUUCUACAGCUGACUGAAUGAGAAAAAAACACAUUUACAAAAAACGACGAGUACCCAUGACGGGGCUGCAGGCGAAACGAAAACGCGACGAGGAGGAGGAGAGCAGUCUGCCGGCGCUCAAGUGCGGCCGCGGCGUGGCGUGGCCGUCGGCAGCACGGCCAACGCCACGCCUAGUCCCCGUGCGCGAGAACCCGUGGACGCUGGAGGACAACUCCCCUCCGGACAGCGACGAAGAGGAGGAGGAUGACGACGAGCUGGACGAGCUGGAGGGCCGCAGCAAGCAGUACCUGUACCCCGAGCAGGCCGCGUCGCCGGCCUCGCCGGUCACCUUCUACCGCAGCUCAGGCGAUCCGUACUCCCCGCCGCCACACCGCUUCAUCGGCGGGCGCUGCUGGUCGCAGCAGUACUGCUACCAGCCGCAGACGCACAGCCCGACGCCAACGCAGACGAUCCGCUGCGCCGAGAAUGGCAAGUCGUACCUGGAGCUGGGCUCGGCGGCGUCGACCGUGGUCAAGUCUCGCAUGGCCGUGUACCGCCAGCAGCGGCAAAACGUGUUCAGCCUGUCGAUGCUGAAGCUGGCCCGCUUCCGGCAGUACCCCGACCCGAGCCUUCACCGCUCCGUGCUCAUCUGCAACACUCUGCGGCGGAUCGAGCGAGAGACGGAGCAAGAGAAGGCGGAGGCGCCGCCGGCCGCCGCCGCGCCCCAGCAGCCGCCCUACCAGCAGCCGAUAGCGUACCCUGCCACGCCGCCGCCGCAGGAGAUGCCCUUCUUCGAGCCCAGCCUGCGCGAUCUCGCGUCCCCGGCGCCGCGGGUCACCCCCUUCCCCAGUCCGGCGCACCCCGGCGCCGAGGAGAGCGUGUCCAGCUCGAUAAACUGGAGCUCGGUGCUCAGUCUGUCCAGCCAGUCGGACCUCGACCCGCUGAACAACAACGGCGCCGCGAGCGCCGGCGUCCUCGGCGACGACCUCGACAACGAGUGGAGACUCGGGAGUGACGACUCAGUGCUCAAGUCGCUCGAGCGGACUACCUUGGUGCACCAAGCCGGUGUCAACGGCGAGGAGCUCGUGGACAGUUUGAUGCAGGUGCUGGUCGGCACGUAGCCCGACCCGAAAACUCUGACAAAGUGUUGUCCCCCCGUCGUCGUCGACGGCGACGCCCGCCCGCCCGCACACCCUCCGGCCGCCGCCUCUCAUAAUUCCAUUGCUUUCCGUUCUUCACUGGCCCCUCCCACGGUUUGCCUGCGUUUCUGCUCCAAACAAUCGAGUAUCUUUGAUUCCUUGCAAUCGUUUCGAUAUUUCCGAACCUUGGUUCCGAGGGCCAGCGAACAGAGCAGCUCCCUUCGGUACAAAUCGCUAGAAAUUCGCGGCCAAAGUGUGCGUGGCUCAGGCUUUCAGCCGAUACUCAACAAAAACGUCUUCUGACUCUUCUGUUGACAAUUUCUGAUUAUUUGUGAUACUUACUCUGAGAUAACUGCUUUUGUACCUCGGCACGGAAAUGGUUGUUUCAGACAGCAAUUCAGAAAUGUUGUGUAUUAAUGGGAAUUUUUUGAAUCGUUACACACACAUGCGUACAGACUUUUUCUCGAGUCCCUAUGAUUGUGCUGAAGAAUCUGUGUGUACAGCAGAAUUUCCAUGAGGUUGUGACACUAGAGAGAAAACUCGUAGACGCUGAAAUGCAAAUUCUAAUGAGCAACGCCAUCCUUAUAUCUGUAGCUGCGACUCUCUCACGCUGGCAGGCAGGUCUGAUUAGAAGAGUAGGUUCGUUUUAUUGCAUUUUUAAGAAACUAUUUACACAAGCAAGUCAUGUUUGGUCGCCGAAAAGUAAACUCUGCUUCGAUAAAGAUUCGGUUUUUAUGCUCAACAUGUGCUCAAACGACAACGACAAAUUUUGUGUACUGAACAUGAUCAACAACAAGUAUUAUUAUAUUGAGGUUGCUAUUUUUCUAUUUGAUUUUUUCUCGCUUGUCUUAAUGAAAUCGAAUCAUUGCAAUGUUUUGUUCUUCCGAAGCAGGCCGCAACUGGGACACUCACUCAGUUCUCCGCUCUGGAAAGCCUAACUUUCCAGUCCGGCUGGCUAGGAAGCGUGCUGGGCUCUCUAAAGUUGCAAAUCAAUUCCGUCUGAAGAGAUGAUGACUUUUAAUCACUCACUGCGUUCGAUUAGCUUAGCCACGAUUCACCGACACAACCACAUAGAGCCAAUAUUACUGUAACACGUAGAAUUACUUCACUGAAAUAUAGACAGGAAUGCGCUAAAUACUCUUUUUAUUUUAAUUUCUCUUACAAAUCUGUGGUUCCGAAUUGACGCAGCUCAAAUUGUGUGAACUAAAGCAAUACUGUACCAAUGAUUAUAUUCGGAGAAAAAAAGGAAUUGCUGACGAAAACGCAGAAUCGAAGAAAGAAGAAGAUAAAAAACACUUAAAAGAGAACUACAGACUUGUGCUGUGAUAAUCAUGUUUAAUGUAAUAGCGCCGCUUUCACGACUAGGUAGACACGUACUCUUAAUGUGUAUUGUUUCUGCAUCAUGAUGUUCGCGGGGGGGAACUGGACGACCGGCGGGGUCUGCGGGCCGAAAAGAGUGCAAUAAACCUGAGUGAUUUCGCGAUUGAGAUGAAAAGUCAAUAGUCAGGGAUCUAUUUACCGACGAACUUUUAAAGCAACCCAACAAGUACAAUCAAAUACACACUAACGUAGCAGACGAGGGAAUUUUGUAAUGCAACGGGCCAAUUUUUUAUCAAGUUUGAAUUGUACUUGUCAUGAUGUCAGAAGCAAUGAACUGGGGCGGGUUAGCAGCUGAAACGAAAUCCGACGCAAUCUGAGACCUCGACAGGAUUAAUUAUUGAGAUAUGAUUAAAUUUUAAGACACGAACGCGGACCUGCUACAGUACACUUAAAAGUUGGACGGCUAACAAUAGAGUAAGGAUGGCACAGCAGAUUGUGAGACAUGCUCGCAGAAGAUGAUUUCAAAUGUACAAAACGUUUGUCUAUAAAGAUUAUGCUAAAUAUAAAAUGAUGAUGAUUAUAACGAUUAUUUUUUCAAAGCCAAAGAUAUUUUAUUGGUUAGGGACUGCUGUGGUUAAUAAUUACAUGAAAGGAUCACAGACAAAAGAGCGCAUCGCGUUUGUUGCCAGACGAGCGCUAUUGUUUUCUAAUGAAUGAGAAUCGAUGGUUUUGUUCGCGCAUGUACAGGUGGAUGAGUUUACUUGAGCCUUGUUUCUUGCUGAAAAAAUGUUUCUAUUUUGUGAACGACGGGACAAAUUUCAGACCAUGCAUAGUUAAAUGUAUUUAUUGGAGCAAACGAAUGUUCUUGAGAGAAAGAUGCCAGUCGAAUGAAAGACGUGUUAAUAUGAAGACAUUGUAAAAAUUAUGAUGAUGAUGAUGAUGAUGAUGCAACUGCUAAUAAGCAAUAAAAAUUUACAAAAUUUAA